AGUUUAUCAACAUCCAAACUUGGAGUUUGAUAAGCAGGUUAAAGAUGAAAGCAUUUAACCAAAUCUUUAUUGUGCAACUUCAUUGUUUGCUGUGGGUGGUUCAAAUUGACGUCCGCAUCGUAAUCAUGCCGAUUCCGGAAUUUUUAUUUGCGUAAUCAUAUAAAUUAAAUGUUGACGUUGUGUUGCAAUAAUCAGCUUCAAAUUUUUACGAAAGUCGUACGCAAAGAUAUACUUAAUGAGCUCGUACAUGGUGAAACGAAGCGACUCCAUACGUAAGAUUUUGUAAAGCGAACAGUUGUGUUUACUAACAAACGCUGUUUUUUUUUUACCAAUUGUUUUUAUUUCGUCGACAUUAAACAGCAAACAACGCAGAGAAGAAGGAGAGGAGACGCAAUUUUGUACUGUGAGAAAUGGAAAUAUUGGUUGAGGGUCAACUUGACUAUUUUGAAGAAAGAAGCUGGAAGAAACGAUAUUUUGUUAUGAAGUAUGAAAUCAGUACUGCAUUACGAUAUAUGGAAGUUUACAAGGACAAGAAUUGGCGAAAGCAGCUACCAAAACAUGUAGUCAACUUACAUCCAGGCUAUGAAGUAAGAUUGAAGAUGGAAUCUAAGAAGAAGCAUUGUUUUUCUUUGAAAAUCACAGACCAUACAUUGCUCUUGGCUUGUGAUAAUGAGAGUGUGAUGAAUCAAUGGAUUUCAGCCUUGGAAGAGUAUAACUUAGUGAAGUCUUUCUGUGUUCAACCACAAGACACUCCAACAAUGGCAAGGAUUGGAGCAGUCUUACCUUGCAAUCUUCAAUUUGUACAUUCAGAAGUGCGUUUGGUCAGUGCACUGGAUGGCAACCUGGUAUGUUUCUGGCCUUUUCAUUGUAUUAGAAGAUACAAGUUUAUCGGGAAUGUAUUCACUAUUGAAGCUGGUCGCAAGGCUCCAUCAGGAGAAGGAAUUUUUGAGUUUAUUUCUAAUGAAUGCUCAGAAAUUUAUCGAGUCAUGGACACCAUAAUACGCACAAAAGCUGGUAGCACCACAACAAGACAAAAUAUCUCUAAUCAUUUACAUAAUCAAACUGAGCAUCAUCAUUCUCCAGUCAGGAAAAUGCAAUCUGCUCCUAUUCCCCCCUCAAACAAAAGAGAGUGUAAUGAUUAUGCUGAACCCAUACCAGUAACUUCAUCUUCUCCACCUUCUCCACCUGUAGUAUCACCUCCUCCUGUAGUUUCACCACCGCCAAUACAUCAUACCUAUGAUAUCCUUUCCCCAACAGCAACCAGUCCACACUCUAAACAAAGCCAACGAAGUGGAGCAAUGAUUAAUGGUGGUGAAUAUAAUACAUUGCAAUUUCCAAAGCAAUCUGAGAUUCUCUUACCAUCAACAGCAUCUACUUUAAGCAACACCGCUGUUGGUUAUGAUACACUAAAUUUUGUUGACAAAAAUCCAACAGAAAAUGUUCAUUCGAGGGUCUUAGAACAUGAUCAGUAUGAUCCUAAUGGAUAUUUGGUCAGUCCUGUUGGUACAAUUUAUGAUACAUUGGACCAUUCAUCAAGUUUUGGUGAACACAGAAAAAACAACACAUAUGAUACAUUACAAUCAAGUGAAAGGUAUGAUCCUUCCAGCUUUAAUUUUAACAAUGGUACAUAUGAUGCUUUGCAGCAUAACACAUCUCAAGCUCUUCCUAAAGGUGUUCAUGCUUCACCUGCUAAACCCAAUGUUUCUACACAAUCAGCAGCACCCUUUCAUCCAGUUAGGCCUCCACCGAGGAGAAAACCUCCAGUCGCUGUCAAACCAUCUGAACAAAUUACUGAUGGACAAAGAUCAAAUAUCCUGUCUAAUUCAUCAGAUGCUCUAGCCACAGCUAGCACCAUACCAGGGAGACCCAGCAGACACCCACAACAUCCACAAAUGAAUAAAAAAAUGCCACAAUUGCUACCAAAGCAAGAAAAUAUGAGUGAGAUAAUUCAGAAGAGAUUAGGUAGUUCAAAAAAAGAUGAAGAUACUGUUUAUAGUUCAAUUGAUGAUGAGUAUUCAUAUAUUGAUAAUCAAAGUUCUCAUUAUGAUGAUAGAGAUGCUGACUUAUAUACUGAUCCAGAUAAUGAUAUUAGGCCACAAGCACACCUUCCCAAGCCACCUCAAAAAAAGCCUGUGAAACCUAACAAAAAUAUGAAAUGCAAAUCCAGCUCGGUAGUGGGUAAUUUAGCAACAGAAUUCAAGAGGAAGCUUGAGACAAAAUUGAAGAAACCAGCAGCAUCUGAACAAGUAAAAUCUUUUCAAGACAGUCAUUAUGAGGAUGCGGAUAUAUAUGAUGAGGUAGAAGAUCCUUACUACAGCAAUCCACAGCCAAAUUCUUAGCUUGCUGUAUACUUAGACAUUGCCACUAUUUUUCAAAAAUGAACUCAUAGAGUUGUCCUGAUUAAUUUGUAUAUUGUUGAUUGGUGUAUAGGAAUCUCAUAAAAUUGUUAAUUUAUUAAUGCAAUUUAUAACAAGACAAACUUUUGAUAAAAUAAAUGACAAAAAAUAAGAUACUUUUUAACUAAAAAAUAAUUUUAGUUUGUGUAGGUUUUAAUUUCAGUUGUGUUGUUCAGAUAUUUACAUUUUAAAUAAGUCAAUUAUACAUUUUAAGAUGCUGUCUCAA